GAGGCACAUUCAGUCAUCGAGACCUCAUGUGCUCAAAUGCCGUGAGUGCUCUGCAAGAGAGAGAGAGAGAGAGAGAGAGAGAGAGAGAGAGGAAGGAAGACAGAAAAGGAAAGUAGAAAGAGGAAGGACAGACGAUUCUUUAACCACCCAGUUGUUGAACAGUUUGACUUGAGAAGAAGACAAACACUCUCUGACAGGAAUAUUUAUUAGGACUUCAAACGGACUAUUUUAUGGGUUCGAGAGUUAACAGGAGUUUGACUGGACGACUGUGAAGAUCUCUCUAGAUCAUGGAGCCACAAAAUAUGAGUGAAUGCAACAAUUUCACUUUCCAGAAUGCUACUACAUACAGUGAUGCAGAGAAGGUGACCCUGGGCAUCAUAAUGGGACUUUUAGUCCUGGCUAUUGUCUUCGGAAACGUGCUGGUUAUUAGCGCAAUCGCACGCUUCCAGCGUCUACAGACCGUCACCAAUUGCUUCAUCGGCUCUCUGGCGUGUGCCGACCUGGUCAUGGGGCUUCUGGUUGUGCCCUUUGGCGCUUGUGAUAUCCUACUUGACAAGUGGUACUUUGGGAACUUCUUCUGCGAAUUCUGGUUGUCGACAGACGUGCUGUGCGUAACAGCGAGCAUCGAGACUUUGUGCGUCAUAGCCCUGGACCGCUACCUGGCCAUCAUGUGGCCACUGCGCUACCAAUCACUGCUGACCAAGCGCCGGGCCUGUUGGGUGGUACUGGCUGUGUGGGCGGUGGCCGCCCUCAUAUCCUUUCUGCCCAUCCACAUGACAUGGUGGGUGUCAGAAGAUCCACAGGCGGAAUGCUGCCUGAAAGAUCCCUCCUGCUGUCAAUUCAACAUCAACAAAAGGUAUGCAUGGACCUCAUCAAUCAUCUCCUUCUACAUCCCGCUCGUGAUCAUGAUAUUCGUCUACGGCCGAGUCUACCUGGAAGCUCGGCGGCAGCUUCGAAACAUCUAUCGCAUGGAAGGUCACAUUCGGACGCAAAAUUUGUGCGGCCAGGAUGGGAACGAGGUGCAGAACCGCAGGACCAGGUUCUGCCUCAAAGACCACAAAGCCUUGAAGACGCUGGGGAUCAUCAUGGGCAUCUUCACGCUCUGCUGGCUGCCAUUCUUCGUCCUCAACGUGGCCACGGUGCGGCUCGAAACGCAAGUCGAUUUGCCCUAUAAAAUCUUGAACUGGAUAGGCUAUGCCAACUCAGCCUUCAACCCCCUGAUCUACUGCAGGAGUCCUGAGUUUAGAUGUGCCUUCCAAGAAAUCUUGUGCAUGAAAAGGCCUCAGUUUCCUUCUUCAACAAACAAAAUGGAAUAUACCUACACUAGCCACGUGCCAAAGCAGACGUCUUUUGCAGACUGUGGAACAGUAGAGCUGGGUACUUGCUCUUUGGCUGCCAGUUCCUCCAACACAAAUGGGAAUUGUAAUAGAACACUGACCUCCAUGAUUUAGCUAUUUAUUGCAUAUAGAAAUACAAUUUGUUACAGUUCUUUGCUUCCAUUUUCCCUUGCCAUACAUUUAAAUGUAAAACUUCCGAAUCAUUAGGUAAGUGAACAAAUGGAAUAUGAUACAUACAGCAUGAACGACCUUUGCUCCAAAUGUGUUGUUAUAGUUAUACUAGAACCGAAACCAUCUCCAUGAACUAAAAUAUUUAGGUACAAGAUAGGGCAAAACUUGACAUUUGGAAUGUGGCUAUAUUAUCACAAUCUGGACUCCUAUACAUAAGCUACCUCAUGACACUCUGGCACACGUCUUCACCAUAACCACUUCCAGGAAAAAAAAAAAAAAAAAAAAAAGGAGCUCUGGAAUCAUAUUAGCGUGUAUCGUCUUCUUACAGUAAGAAGUCUGGUUUUGGUUUAGAUCUUAAUGGACACUACAUCAUUAAAUGAGUGUAGCUAAUCUGAGACCAGCACUGUUAUUUUAUUUAUUUAUUUUUAAAGAUAGACUUGUUACAUUCCAUUCAAAAGCUAAGUGCAUGUUUUUAAACCAGGGACUACUUUUUUUUUAUCUCUGCAAUCCCUUGUCUGAAGGCGGAGGAAAUCUGAGCUGCUGACGAGGAGCAACAGGUGGAGGUUGCUGGCUUCAUGUGCUAUAACCAGCUGCACUUACGGAAAGGGGGAAAAAAAAAAAAAAAGAAGAAAAGUAAAAGUGCCCAGUUUGUAUACUUCAACCUUCCCCUAUUAACAUUUCAGCUUGAUCCCAUUCAGCAAUAAACAACAGCCUAAUAUAUGAUAUAUAUAACUUAUCACGUUUGUUCUGAUGGACAAGGACGGAGAACACAAUGUCGAUGUCGAUGACACGAUUCAGUGCAGCGAUUAUUUUCCAUAAUAAUUAACCAGAUCAUUUGUGUUUGAAUGCUUUAGUGCACUUCACACAGGAAGGCUCAGUACAAGGCUCUUGUAUUGCAUUAAUUCUUUCAGAGCAUGCACAACAAAGCUUACCAUUUCUGUGCAUGUCUGCGUUCAUGAGUGUCGGUGUGCAAUGUUUACAGAGAUUCUUGAGCAAACUGUCCAAAAGGACAGCCAGAAAAAAAUCUCCUGAUAUGGUUCCAGCUAUCACUUUGGUUUAUAAAACUUUGAUCUUUGUGUUUACAGCAUUAGUGUGGGAAUUUAGCGUAAUGCACUAGAACCUGGUUCUUACAGGAAGGUGCGCUGAUCCUUCUGUCAAAUAUGUUGUUACAUCAUGAUUAUUCAAGACCAGCAUUUUUUGACAUGACCAGAGCUUCCUUCCUGUAGGGUAUGCAUGUGUGUGUGUGUGUGUGUGUGUGUGUGUGUGUGUGUGUGUGUGUCGGGAGAAGCUCACUGCCACAGGUUGUCUGAUUGAAUGUGCAAGUAUUUAUGUGUCAUCUGGUUAUAUUGGUUGAAUGAGACGUUCAGCUUUUGGCUUGACGAGGUUGUAUAGCAUAAAGCACAAUAAAAGGUACUGUAUUUAUGAAGCUCUGGUGUAAAUGAAGCGUUUCAAGCAUUAAGACGGAUUGCACACUGUAUAUAGUGUACAUAAAGUACAUAUGAGAUGUAUAUAGUUGUCGCAUCAACAGGCAUAAUGUAUGGACAGGUUUGUGAAUUUGUGCUAUAGACAUUAUUGUUUCGUUUCAUUCCAUGUAAAAUUGCUCUUAAUUCAGAAAACCAUACUUAUUUCCACUGCACUGCAAAAUGCUAUCUGACUGUGUGUUCUGUGCCUUUUGUUUUAUAUUGUGUAUUUGUUUUUGUAUGUUGAGCCACUUGCCAAAUGUAAAAUGUGAAGAAUUAAAUGUGGUUGUUUGUAAAUCAGA